AUGGAGCAGGCGAGUUGUGUUGCGACGAUGGCAUCCAUUGAUGAUGCUAUGGUGAUAGUUGGCUGGAUAGUUGCUACAAAAAAAAUGAAAAGAUCUAAAAGGCAUCGAGCUAUAUGGUGUAAGGACUGGUUAAUGAAAAGAGAACAUUCAUCACACAUCAAUUUAGUGAACGAAUUGAAAUUUGCACCCAAAGACUGGCAUGACUACCUGCGUAUGAACGAAGAAACUUACUUGAAGCUUCUAUCGAUGAUUACUCCACUUAUUAAAAACCAAGAUACUGUAAUGCGAAAAGCUAUAUCGCCACACGAAAGAUUGACAGCAACUCUGAGGUUUCUCGCAACUGGAAGGAGUUACGAAGACCUAAAGUUUACAACAAUAAUAUCACCCCAGACGUUGGGUGUUAUUAUUCCAGAAACAUGUGAAGCGAUAUACAAAGUACUGCGGCAGUAUUAUUUUAAGGUGAGUAAAAGGUUUUUAAUUCUUAAACAUUUAUUGACAAUCAUUGAAGCUGCAUAUAAAUGCCCCGGCUGA